AUGGGUAAGGGAGUAUUAAAAUACGGCGGUAAGUCUGGUAUUCUUCCCAAGACCAAAGCUAUUUUCCACCGUCCAAUACGUCCGUUGAAUGAUAUUGAGUUACAAAAGGAGAAAGCCCAGGAAAGUGGAUAUGCUGAGGGUGUGCCAACUCCAAAGAUAAACGGGAAGCAUCUUCCACGCCAACAGCCUCCACGGAAGUACAUAACUGUUGAGGAUAGAAUUAAACAUAUCAAAUACCCACCAAUGUCUUUACGAGAAAUGAACGACUUACCCGCUGAGGAAAGAGAUGCGUACAAAAGAGCAUAUUACAGAGCCGAGUUCUUAAAAGAAGCCUACUUGGAGGAGGAGAAAAGGUUAAAGAAAAUAGACGAACUUAAAAAAAGUGUCCAUGAGAAAGAGAUGGCCAAGCAAAGACAAUUUGAGGAGGAGCGUAAGGCUGACUCCUCGAUGAUUGCUUCGUUGCCCACAAUGCAGAAAAUUUUGGAGCAAGGAUUGGUCAGAAGGAGGACACCAGAGGAGCAAGAAUUGUUGAAAGAGCAACGAAAGUUGAACCGUUGCUCUAAGGAGUUGCAUGAGAAAGAAAUGAAGGCCCAAAAGUUGCUAGAGUUGUACCACUCAGCAGCCAAAUUCAUCACCACUGAGGAGCAGUUGGAAGAGGCCAUCUAUAGAGCUUUUGAAGUGGAGGCAGGAAAAUUUGAAAGUGCUCAAACCAGUAUAGAAACAAAGUUGCUUUCAAGAAGCGCUGGAUAUUUGGUUGGAGAAGUGAAUGAGUUGAAGAUUACUGAUGCAAUCUUGGGACAAAUUAAUGGCAAACCAGGCUUGGAACAAAUCAAGGACGUCUUGAGUGGAACUAGAGAAAAGACGAAGAGGGAGGCCCAAUUGAACUUGAGUAAUGAGAUAUAG